UCUCCGGCGCGCGGCUGGGCUGCUGACGUGUGUGGGCGGGGCCAUCCGCAGAAGCGAAAAGGGGCGGAGCUAACUAACUGAGGGGAGGACGAUUGUGAGGCGAAGGGGGAAAGGAGGCCCGAAGUCGGAAAGGCAUGGUCCUCGGCGGUUCCUGGAAACCAUGGCCCUCCGGAGGCCGGCGCCGGAUGGCAACGGGAGGCGAGACUGUGAUCCAAAGAAAAAAAGGAAAGAGGCCGAGAUCUUCCAGGCGCUGAGCAGUGACCCUGUGGACGUGGCUGCCCUCCGGCGCAUGGCGAUCAGCGAAGGGGGUCUCCUGGUGGAUGAGAUUCGCCGCAGAGUCUGGCCAAAGCUGCUUAAUGUGAACACUGAGGACCUGCCCCCUCCGCCAGGAGAGGAUCUCCGGGAGAACAACAAAGACUACCAGCAAGUGUUGUUAGAUGUGAGGCGAUCCCUCCGCCGUUUCCCUCCAGGGAUGCCAGAUGAGCAGAGGGAAGGGCUGCAGGAGGAGCUGAUCGACAGCAUCUUGCAGGUCUUGCAACGCAACCCCCAGCUGCACUACUACCAGGGCUACCAUGACAUCGUGGUCACCUUUCUGCUUGUGGUUGGAGAGAGACUAGCAACGGCCCUGGUGGAAAAACUUUCAACCCAUCAUCUCCGGGAUUUUAUGGACCCAACAAUGGACAACACCAAGCACAUCUUGAACUACCUGAUGCCCAUUAUUGACCAGGUGAAUCCAGAAUUGCAUGAUUUCAUGCAGAGGGCAGAAGUGGGGACAAUCUUUGCCCUGAGCUGGCUGAUCACCUGGUUUGGGCAUGUCCUUUCUGACUUCAGACACGUGGUGCGGUUGUAUGACUUCUUCCUAGCGUGCCACCCGCUGAUGCCAAUCUACUUUGCUGCUGUGAUUGUCCUCCAUCGAGCGGAGGAGGUGCUGGCCUGUGAGUGCGACAUGGCUUCCGUCCACCAUCUCCUGUCACAGAUCCCGCAGGACCUGCCAUACGAGACCCUGAUCAGCAGAGCCGGGGAUCUCUUUGUACAAUUUCCACCAUCAGAACUUGCCCGGGAAGCUGCACAGCAGCAGGCCGAGAGAACGGCGGCUUCCACCUUCAAGGACUUUGAGCUGGCCUCGGCCCAGCAGCGCCCUGACACGGUUCUCCGGCAACGCUUUCGAGACCGGCUCCGUGCCGAGGAGCGGGCCAAGUCGCUCUUGGUGACAAAACCAAGGACCAACCGCUUUGUCAAGCUGGCAGUGAUGGGCCUCACGGUAGCCCUGGGCGCAGCCGCCUUGGCCGUGGUGAAGAGCGCACUGGAAUGGGCUCCCAAGUUUGAGUUGCAGAUAUUUCCCUGAAGGCUGAGUAGAACAGUUUCCUCUCCAUUGUGUCCUGUUUGAGGUGGAAGACAGGGAUACGGCUAUGUUUGUAGAAGGCAAACUGGGUUUCAAAGCAUCCGUUCUCCUCCCCAUCCACUCACACAACUUGCCUUAGAACUUCAAGCAGCCCAGACUUGGCCCUGCUGUGAUGUUGCUUUCAGGCCUGAGGGAACCAGCCUCCAACCUGAUGAUCCAGAAUCUCUUCCUUCGGGGAAAGAGGGGCGCGUUCACCUUGGACCAAAGCGAGGUCAGAUAAUUUUGCUGUGCUUCCAGCCCAUUUGUUGGGCCUAUAACCUGUGGAGUGAUGGAAUAGUGGACUCUCCAUGAUGCUUUUCACCACUCGGUCUGCUUUGUGAAAUCGGAGAGGGAAGAAACAUUGGAAAUUUUCAGGGAAAGUGUUGGCCCUUUCUGCAAUUGUGACUGAAAUGAAGUGAUGGAAGAUGUGACUGGGACUUUUUCAGAGAUGCACUCUUCCCUAUUCUCCUCAAGAACCAUAUCAUGGCCUGCAACCAGACAGUUAACACACAAGGAACUUCUUUGGAGGCUGGCAAGGCUCUCCAGAUUGGUGGGUCAAUGAAUACGUUCAGUCUUAAAGGGGGAAACGACUACAUCCAGUCACGCUCAAGCAACAAUUUCCGUGAACCAGGACUGAGCAGGAAACCUUGGGCCAGAAUCAUGAGCUUUUGCACCACAGAAUGUACUUCAGUGAGACUUCCAGAGUCCUUCCUGUUGCCACCAUCUGACAAAAAACUAUAGCAAUCAUUUGGGUCGAAAUGGGGCAGGGGAAGGACUUUCCUCUUGGGGUAACUAACCUGCCAACAGGACCAAACCAUUCCCCCUUUAAGAAAUCCUGAAAUGCUUACUUUAUAUUUUAUAUUGCCUAUAUGAAGGAUUCUCCCAGAAACUGCUCACUGAAUCCAAAGUCCUCCCAGGCACUCCAUGCAUUAACUCCCUGCUACCACUCCCAUGUUCCACUACCUCCUUCCUCAGCUAAGAAACCCUUUCACAAGUGUCCUUACUUGGCCUACUCCACUGACUGCCACUUCUCUGUUAUGCAGACUGUUCCUGGGCAUCACUAACCUUGAGCAGACCAGGAAUUAUUUCAGAAAGGCUCUUUUGUAAGCAGUGAAGAAGGGCAAUCUUGGCAACAAAAACCAAAGGGUUGCUUGCCUCCAAUAUCCAGCAGCAGCGUGGCUGAUGCCAGGCACAGCGGUUGCACUCUGCAUGACUUCCUUGCUGCAACAAACGCAUUCCAACAGCGGCAACAGACAUCCACAUUGUUCCCUUUUGACCACCUCCAGGGACGUUGCCAUUCCCGGAGCUGCACCGUUACCAAGAUCGAGAACUAACCAGCGCAUGCUUUCUUUCACCCUCUUGUCUGGCUGAAUUUACUAACGAACUUCAAUUUGCAUGUGCAGGAAGAAGAUGAUGAUCAAAGAACAGAGAGAGAAGCCUUUUCCCCAUGUUGCUUACGGAGGCCCAAGUUUGCCCAUGCCUGCCCUAGAAGAACCCUUGUUGACCUUCCAACAGUGUGGGGUCUGCUACUCCAAAUGAGGCACUCAGGGAAGAGCUAUGUUUUCGACCCUUUUCACUCUCAGAUGGAGCAGCACAGCUUGAGUGUACUUUAUAGAGGAAAUCUCCUCUCCACCCUCAAAGCCUCUUGUAACAAAUCUCUGCUGGCCCGACUACUGUGGAUACUACAUAUGCUCUGUAGCAUCAGGAGGAAGCAUUAGGAAUAGAGUGACAGUGUUUAUCCCAAGCAAAAGAAAGCAGGAGGCAGAAAAUGAGAUCCCAUAUCUUUCCUAAAAUGUCCUCUCAAAGGACAGGAGAGCAAAGGGAUGCCGUACGCAAAGAUGGCUGGAGCUCAUUGGGUAGAAGGGAGAGAGAGGGAAUAAAAUAGGAAAUUGUUCACUAAGCACUUUAUGAGAAAAUGAAAAGAGGAAGACCGUAAAGGGAGUGCCUGGCCCUUUGUGGACUUUGCCAUUGUAGCAGAAAAUGGCCUCUUUGCAUUUGUAGCAGCUCACCUGUGAAGCUUUUGGGAAGGACUGUUGGCAGAGUACAUUAAGAUAGUUGCUCCAGAGACCCAAACCUCCCUACAACAUUGCCUUGGACAAUAAAUAGUAAGGAAAGGCUACAUCAUUGCAUUUUACAUCUGUUGCAAUGGGCUUCUGAUUUCUUAGUGAAAUGGGAGCAGAACUACUUCUUCUACCUGCUCCAUGACCUAACCUUAUGCUAAAAACCAGAAACGCCUCAACUUAGUAAAUCGCAGAAGCACUGCUCGGCUGGUAGAAGGAAAUGAAACUUGUGCAGCUGUGUGGAGGGGAAGCUCUUCCCAUGCGUAACAUCUAAUGAGAGUGAAGUCUUUCAUGCCGUUCUACACAGCCAACUGAAUCCCAGAGCUAAAGUUCCUCCACUGCGGGGUUUGAGUGUUCUGUAUUUUAUUAAAAAGGAAAAAAUAGCAUGUUCUGGAGAAGGGGUCCAGCUUAAUCUCCUCUCCCUCCACCCAGUUGCUGUUUUUUCUUUCUAGGGAGGACUCUGCAGUUCAGGAAAAUCUCUUCUGGUUGCUUCUGUUGAUCCUUCCAACAGAUCUUUACCCAUUGAAAGGAAAGAACACUCCACUUUGGCUCUAUGGGUUUGGUGUACAGUUAGGAAAGAUUCUUCCAGUGAAAACAAAGCUGAGCGGAAGAUCCUCAUAGAGGUGAAGGCAAGGGAUCAGUCAGCAUAACAAGCCUCUGUGAUCUAUACAAAUAGCUCCUGUUUGUCCAGAUAGUAAGUCGAGAAUAUUGAGUUGAAGCCAUCCUGAGCCACCAUACAUGGCUGCUGGGGUGGGUUUCAUCAGAAGUUGUACAGCCUUGACCUUUACCAGUUCCCAAUAAAUAUAGAGACAAAAGUUUCUCAAAGGAGAAGAAAUUCUUAGGUUCUGGCAAAUAAAACUGAUACAACUGUUACUUUUACUGUAGUAAUAGAUCAGGGGUCCUGACAGCAAAAACAUGGUCUCUUUUUCCAUUCUUGUGACACUGCCCAUCCAUGGGGUAGAACAGUUCUCCUUUGGUUUAGCAGUGUGAAAAGCUUAUACAUUACGUACGUAAAAUGCAAAUUUGUACAGGUCUUGUAAUUGUGUAAAAAAAUUAAAUGCUUUAUCCACUUACUAAA